CCUUUCAAUCAAUACUCCGAAAUAGUAUGAUAAGUUAAAUAGCAGAUACUUUAAACUUAAAUUAACAUUUCUUGUAAUUAAUGUAUACGAAAACGAUAAAUAGUUUCGGAUAUUUGAUUUGGAAAAUUUAAAAAUAAAUUUAACCUUAAGUAGCUAUAUUCAAUCUUAUACGUUUCAUUUAAUUCCAAUCCAUUAUUUUUUUACCUGAAAUAUGGUAGCGUAGCAGUUCAGCUGAUUUGUUUACCGCUUACUUGUUGUUUUUGCUUUUAUGUUGACAUAUCAUUACAAGGCGAAAACGGAAUAAAGUAAAUAAACAAAUAGAAAAUUUUACAAAAAGUAAUUAUAAUAAAAAUUGUGAAAGUAAAUACGUAACUACUCAUCAUUCGAUGAACUCUAAGGAACUUUAUUCGAUACGAGAAUGGGCGCCUUUAACAGAUAUAAUGGAGAAGAUUCCCGUUCGUAUGAUACGAUCACUUGGCAUAUUUCCAGCAGAUUUAAAUAUCACUUGUGUCGAUGCAAUUUCCGAGUUUAUAGUAUUAGGUAGUGAUGCUGGGAUUGUUUUUUGGUAUGACCGGUACAGCGGCGAAUUGCAGAAGCUGCGCACAGAGUUUCCGGCUCGCAUCACUUGUGUCAAAAUUGUAAAUUCGGUGGAGUAUAUGGUAGCCGCGGGUAAUGGUAAUGGUCAAGUGAGUGUUUUUCAAAUACAAAAACAAUUGCCACCGGAUUUAAAUUUAGUUGCUCCGUGUGCUCGAGCCAAGCCCAUUGAAAGAUACAACAUACGUGACUUGCACAGCUCCGCCAUAAGCUGUGUAGAAUGGUCUAAGAAUGGUAUGAAACUUUAUUCAGGCGAUCGACAAGGCGUUGUAGUGUUAACCGAAUUUGAUUUUCAAGCACACAUCAGCAAAUCGUCCGAAAUACUCAGCGAGGCGUAUGAAAUUGUACAGCUUAGUGUUUUUCAGAGUUAUUUACUGGUGUCCACACUUUAUCGUACCAUUGUAUGUCAGUUCAGCGUGGUCACUGGUCAAUGGCAAGUUACGCAAGUUGGAAAGAAAGAUCGAAAAAUUUUGUCGGAUUGUGGUGGAAUAUUCCUCAAACAACAAAAUUGUAGUCCAGUUUUGAUAUGUGGCCGUCCAGGUUUACGAUUUUGGAUCGCUGAUGCCGAAGGUAAUGUGAAAAAAACAUUACUUUUUCGUGAAGCUGUAGCGCGUAGUCCUACCUGGGAAAUACCAAUACUUAAUCCAAAAUCAAUGGCUAGUACAACUGCGUAUGCUAAUGUAGCCGAUAGCGAUGAAAUUAACAGAAGUUUUGGAGCAAUCCAAUUGUAUAAGGGCGACGAUAUGCUGGUCGUUACACACGACGAGUCCACAUUGUAUUUGCUAAAUUUAGAUCGACUGCGCGUCGAAGCUGUGGCACGAGGUUUUCGAAAAAUACUUGAUUUUUGUGUUUGCGAUAAGGAGAUUUUAGUUUUGGAAGGUUCACGUUCUUUGCUGCGGCUGGCACCUAUGCCAGAGAAGCCGAGUAAAACUGCCAAAAUAAUUUUCAAUCCGUCAAUGCCGCCUCCAGUUCCUUUGCUAGGUGCUUCCAUCGCCAGUGCUCUUGAUUCACCCGCUGAAUCGUUUGAACCACCCGAGCAGCCAGUGGGUAAAGCGGAAGAAUGUUUUGAGUUACCGCCCGUUGAGCUACUCAAUUUAAAUGUGCCAAUAGAAUUGGCUGUAGAAUCGCCACGCGCCGAACAAAACCGUCGCUUGGAGAUUUUUAAUCAGAUUUCUGAAAUGGAUUUCGAUCAAUCUAUAUUGCAUCAUAGCGGCAUAUCGCAAAGUGUUGGCGGUCGCAAAAAACGUACACGACGCAGCCGAGAUCGAGAGAAUACCGUUAAGAGCAGCAGCAGCGAAGCUGCGGCACCAACAAAGUCACAGGGCAUUGUAGAAAUUGGUCGUGUUGCAGAGCCAGAAGCAGAUUUGGAGACGUCAAUUGAAACCUUGACAGCUAUCGAAGUUAUGGAGACAAAAUCCAACGUAAAGCAUACAACAACAACUAAGCCAACAUUAAUGAAUAGCAGUUUUUGCGCAACCGCAAAAAUAGAUAGUGAUAAACUGAGCGCAUCAAAUGCAACAUUGAAAAUCAAACCAAAAUGUGGUUCCAUCUCGUCACCAUUGUCGCCUGCCUCACCCGAAGCGGCCAAACAAAAGUUACCCAUAAAACCCAAAAGUCUCGCUGAAGAACUAAAUUUAGCUGGCAUUGCUUUUGAUCCGAAACAAUCUAGUUUAGAAUGUGCAACACCAUCUCCGAUACACUCUCCGCCCGCUGCACCAGCUUCCACUCCCACGCCUUUGCCACUGAAAGAGCUCACCCAAGCAUAUCCCAAACAAACUAAAGUCGAAGAUGCUGGCGUACAGACAACGCCACGCAAAAAGCUUUACUAUAUGGAGGAAGACGACGAUAAUAUUUACUCAGAUUACAGCGCUGGCCAACCAAUCGAUGAACUGUGUCAUGCAGCUAUGCGUGCCGCAACUCUAGUGAAGGAAUAUGAACAUGAAGGCGAGGGUACCAAUGCUGCUGUGCAGCCAGUGCGCCCAGUCUCGCCAGUACACUUACAAUUCGUGCGUACACAGCCGGCGAAUGAGGAGAUUAAGAGUUUCCUACCAGACUUUCGACGCGCAUGUGAUCCGUGCACAAUGCCGCCUACGGUAGAGCAAAAAACUCCGCCAGUGUCUGCCGAGUCUAAUGGAAGUUCCAGUGAAUGGGAGUUUUUGGAUAAUUGAAUUGAUAACAUGUGCUCUUAAAUAUCAUUCCGUGAAUUAGAGAUUUUUAACCAUUACACAUCACAUAUGAAAGUUCUAAAGCAGUCCGCUCUCUAAAAUUGCUGCUGAAUUUAGACAUAUUAUAAUUAUCAAUAUUAAUGUUAUGUAAAAGAUAUUGGCGCUUUUGCACAUUGGCUUAUAAAAUCUCAAUUUUAAAUAACCAACGUAUGUAUUAUAUUAUGGUAUAUUGUAUUAUCUAAACAUUUUUUCUGCUAUUACUGUUUUGUUCAAUAUUUUAGCAUAUUAUAACAAUUAUUUUUGUUUGCAAAUUUUUAGCCUAAGCAACAUCGUUUAUGUUUUAUGAAUCUGUAUGUUAGAAAAGCAACUCAAUUAUGCAUUUAUUUGCAAUUUGCAUAUGUACGUAUGUAAAAAUCUAUACCAAAUAAAAUUUCUAUAUGUAUAUGCUUCAUUAAAUAUGUAUUUUUGUAUAAUUACUACUAUAUACAAAAAAAAAAAACGAUUUUUUAUCGCAUUGCAGAAUUAUUAUGUAUUUCUUAGUGCGUUCAUAUAAAUAAAUAAAAAUACACAUAUUGACGUUGCAUGAA